UUGUUUCAUCACACAUCCAUCCUCCAUCUAUGUCUUCAAUCUCUCUCUCUCUCUCAAUCAAUUAUAUACAUCUCUGCGUGAAUCUCUAUUCUCUCUCUCUUUCUUUCUCUAAGAAUCUAACUUUCAACUCGAAAGGAAGUUUCGAACUCUAGCUGUCUGUGAAUUUGAUCAACUUGGGCUUCGUCUCCUUCAUCUGGAACUCUUCCAUGUGAUUUAGAUUCGUUCAGCUGGUUGUAUUAUUAUUAUAUAUAUAUAUGCAUACGUGUUUGUGCAUCUGUUGGUUCAAUUUCGAGGCUUCAAAAUAAUGAAUCUAAGCGGUCAAGUUGCGAAAUCCACGUCGAUGCAGUGUUCUAGUGCAUCCUGGAAGUCCGGCGGAGAUGGGGUCUCCGACCAGUUUCCGGCAGGUCUGCGGGUUCUAGUGGUUGAUGAUGACCCUACUUGUCUGAGAAUACUUGAGCAGAUGCUUCGGACCUGUCAUUAUGAAGCUACCAAAUGCAAUCGAGCAGAAGAUGCUUUAUCGAAAUUACGUGAGAAAAAGAACGGGUAUGAUAUUGUUAUAAGCGACGUCCAUAUGCCUGACAUGGAUGGAUUCAAGCUCCUUGAAUGCAUUGGGCUUGAAAUGGAUCUGCCUGUUAUCAUGAUGUCUGCAGAUGAUAGUAGAAGUGUUGUGAUGAAAGGGGUAACACACGGUGCUUGUGAUUAUCUGAUAAAACCAGUUAGAAUCGAUGCUUUGAGGAACAUAUGGCAGCAUGUGGUUAGGAAGAAGAAGCAUGAAUGGAAGGAUUUGGAUCAAUCUGGAAGUGCUGAAGAUGGGGAGAGGCUGAUGAAACAGACGGAUGAAGCUGAUGUUUCAUCAUCAGCGGCCAAUGAAGGGAAUUGUAGAAACUCGAAAAGGAGGAAGGAUGAUGACGAUGAGGGGGAUGAAAGGGACGACUCCUCUGCUCUGAAGAAGCCACGAGUAGUUUGGUCCAUCGAACUCCAUCAGCAGUUUGUGGCAGCUGUAAAUCAACUUGGCAUAGACAAGGCUGUUCCUAAGAAAAUUCUAGAAAUGAUGAAUGUUCCAGGUCUCACAAGAGAGAACGUUGCAAGUCACCUUCAGAAAUAUCGUUUGUAUCUUAGAAGGCUGAGCGGAGUAUCGCAACACCAGAAUGGUCUGGCCAACUCAUUCAUGGGACCGCUAGAUAAUGGUUUCAGUUCGUUAAACGGGCUCGAUUUCCAAACCCUAGCUGCAACCGGACACAUCCCAGCCCAGAGUCUCGCCACAAUCCAGGCUGCAGGGUUAGGCGGUAGGUCUAGCACAGACCCUGCCUUAUCCAUUCUGCUAUCAUCGGAUCAAAGAAACCUUUUCAGCUUCGAAACAUCCAAACCAAGAUUCGGCGAUGUUCAGAGUGGAAAUACUAAGCAAAUUAGUUUACUCCACGGAGUCCCAACUUCCAUGGAGCCAAAACAACUUGCCAAUUUGCAGAGUUUCCGUGGGAUUAAUAAUAUGCAAACCAAUAUGAACCCUUUAUUCGGAAUCGGACAAGUGGGUGAAGCUCAGUCGAAACUGCGGGACGAAUCUAACGGUCAGAUCGGUGCCAGAUCAGCGGCAUAUAAUAACACUGUUUCUCAGGCCUCGUCUAUGGUAAAUUUCUCUAGCUCCCAGAAUCAUCCUCGUCUUGCAGCCAAUACUUAUCCAGUACUUGCCCGCCAAAACUCUGGCCCGAGAGCAUUCACACCGAAUUAUGACGUCUUUAAUGAUGUGGAUCAACGUAAGCCACUGGAUUGGGAGCUGAAAAAUGCUGGAUUGGCAUUUGACAUGCCAUCGUCGGUCUUGGUCCAACAGAAUGGCGGUUCUCAUGACAGGAAGAUGGCUUUCUCCAUGGGAGGACAUCUUAAUGUUACUGCCCCCACAGUCGCUAACCAGCAAUUCAACCCUAUAUUAACUGACAAUUCAUCUCGGGUAAAAUCCCAUAACAGUCAAAAUGGGUUUUUCACUGAACAAUAUGGUCAGGAUGAUCUAAUGAGCGCAUUUCUCAAGCAGCAGCAAGGAAAUAGUAUCGGGUUGGAUACGAAUAAUGAGUUUGGCUUUGAUGGAUAUUCGUUGGACAAUCUACCAGAAUAGGAAGGACAUGGUUAUGUGAUUGUACAUAGUUUGCUGUUAGGGCAAAAUAUCUAAUCCUUGCUUUCAAAUAGUGGAUUUGGUUACGUUUAGAUGAUGAAUUCGCCACGUUUGAUGUGAGAUAUUGAUGCAUGGUGUAUGCAAAGGCAUAUACUUACAUGCAAAGUUUUUUUUUUUCCGUUAAUUUUACUGCUUUGUUACUGUGAUUGUAGCUGCUGACAGCCUUAAACGUUUGUUAUGUGGUUGUCACUUAAUCGCUCGGGCAGCUGUUUUGUUUUGACAGGGCCUGGCCUAUGUAGGAAGAAUUCUUUUGUGAUUUGGGUAGAUGAUGAUGAUCGGAUUAUUCCUUGAAAUAUUAUUCAAACUCAGUGUGAAGUUUUUUAGAAUAUUAAUCUGUUCCUUGAUCUUGAUUGUAGUAAUAUAUUUAGCUUUCAUUAUUGGUUUUGCUCAA